GUGGGAGGAGGUAGAGGAAGACCGGGGAGGAGGGCGCGCAGAAGACAGGGCGUGAUGGAGUGCAAGGAAUAACGGCGAACUGACUGCAGGCGGACGGGGCUCUACCGGCGACCUCGGCGGGAUGCGGUGGGGCAAGAAGGAGAGCGCGAGGGAAAAGGCCAACCGCGAGAAGCGGUUUGGCGCGGCGCGGCUCGACGAAGAGGUCAAGGGCGAGAGCACGGGGGUGCGGCUGCUCGUCGUCAUGCUCCUCCUCGCAUGCAUCAUGGGUGUUGGUGGAGGAUUCUCGACGAGCAGCGCGGACGAGGGAGAGGUGGUGCCAGAAGAUCUGGACUAGAGCAUAGACUAUAUGUAUGACGAUUGUAUGA